GAGGAUUACCUCUAUCAGUGCAUCCUCUACCAGAUCAUGUAUGAUUGAUAAGUUGUGGUCUUCUAUAUCUCCAGUAUGAAAACCUGUAUUUUUGUAUUUCUAUUGAUUGGCUUUAAGAGUCUGGCCCUUAAUCAAGGGAGACAAGAAAAGGAAACACUAACCAAGCGAUCAAUCUCACCCAUUGAUGUACUAUGCAAGAGGUCUCCAGAUUUCAAAGUCCUUACGUAUGGUAAAACAAAAAUGUGUCUCUACUAUGGUCAAGAUAUAUGUACGUAUGCAGAGGCUCAAGGUAAAUGCAGGAGUAGAAAUUCAACACUUGCCAUAUUCAAUACGGCGGAGAAAUUCAGAAUUUUAUAUCCAAUGGACAUGGUGUGGAUUGGGCUAGAUGAUAUUGCCAAUGAAGGAACUUACAGAUGGGCGGACGGCUCAAUAUUAGAUCUACAAAGCAAUCUAAGAUAUACCAUAUUUCAAGCGGGUGAACCGAAUGCCGCUUUUGAUUUUGAGGACUGUGUUUGCAAUAGAUGUUACUACGAUUAUGAUAAAUUAUAUGACACUAACUGUGCUGAGACUUAUAAUUACCUUUGUGAAAAAGUGUUUCGCUAGACAAUGUCGCCGAUAUUGCGAGAAAUAAACCAAAUAGAUAUAAA